AUGUGUGAUGUUGAGGGCGAGUCCUCCUCCAAUGCUGACGAGCCCGCAGAUCCUAAAGCCCGUGCUCGCUGUGGACAGUUUGUUUGGCCUUGUCCCCGUCAGUACCUGGCAGAUGCAGCUUCCCGCAAAUCUCGCAAUUGCUUGAUUCCUGCGGAUCUCAGCAACGAGGAAGCUGGUAAGAUGUUCCUUCAGGCCCUUGCAAAAUGCAACCAGCAAUCGAAUAUCAGUCGAUUGCAUGUCUUUGACGAGCCCCACAAGAAGUAUGACAAGGAGACGGGCCAACGAGCCCGACACAAACACUUCAUCUUCAAAUUUGUCAGGCCGUUUGCUCAUGUAAGACUGGGUCAUCUACUUGCGCAGGGUGGUGUGCAUGGCCAUUUCUCUUUCAACUUGGUCGGCUACCAAGCGUACCUCAAGUAUUGUUUGGUGGCCAGUGCUCACAAGCUUGCAGCAGACUUAGACAAAGAUCCAUGGCAUUGGCCUUCUCAUGUGACCACACCACAGCUCAUGCAACUUUGUCAACAGUCUGUACCCAAGAUGGAAGCCCGUAAUGGCCAACCUGGAAAGAAGCGAACCUUGAUGACAUUUUCAGAAAUUACGGAUGCAUUUGUCGAACAUUCUGUGCAAACUUGCAAAGACGCUUGGCAGCUUGCUAAAGCACGAAAGAUUUCAGGAGAUGAGACGCUCUGGAACACACUCGGCGCCCAAGCAAAUGUCGCAGGUUUGGUUCACAAAGUUUUGAGUGCGUGGAAUGCUGAAAACAUGGAUUCUGGAAGCUUCGUGGCCGUUCCAGAUUUUCUGUUGUCCAGCUUUGUUCCUUUGCCGCAGAUCCAUGAGCGCUUGGCUUGGUGGUUGCAAGGUGGUUUCAAAGAGGUCACUUUGAUUUUGGAGGGACGCGGCGGCCUAGGUAAGACGGAAUUCGCGCAUUGA